AUGGUUAGCUUUGGAAUAAAUGGGAAAAUUAGGCUAAGCGAAAUGAAUGUACUGCAAAAUGAAAUGCAGGAUUUAAAUAUGAAUGACAGCAUACGUAAUAGCAACAAUAGCAAUAGCAAUAAUAGUAAUAGUAAUAGUAAUAACUAUAGUAAUAGUAAUAACUAUAGUAAUAGUGAUAAUCAUAGUAAUAGUAAUAAUCAUAGUAAUAGUAAUAAUCAUAGUAAUAGUAAUAAUCAUAGUAAUAGUAAUAAUCAUAGUAAUAGUCAUAAUAACAGUAAUGAUGAAGACUGUGAUGGUAAUAACACAUACAAUGAUGCGAACACGUGUCGUGAUAGUAACAUGGUGUACAACGUAAAUUCGCCAUUCAAGGAUGCUGCUAAUGCAAUGAAUGAAAAUGAUUACAUGUAUUAUUAUUAUGGUGGAAACGGGGGAGGAAAAGCAGCAGUGGGUGUAGCAUCAGGAGUAAGUGAUGCAGCAGUAGGAAACGCAGGGGAAGCAAAUGAUUCAUCAGGACAAUACAGAAGCGCGCAUGAACCAAAGGAAGUGUUAAAUUGCAGCUACUGUAGUAAGCACGUUCACCCAGUGGUUAAAACAUACACGCCUUUUUUUGUGUAUGUAAUGGUUGUAGUAUUAUUUUUAUUUAUCUCCUUUUUUACCAUCUUUUUACUACCAUUGUUGUACCUAACAUUUAAGCAAGAAAAGUAUAACUGUCCCUACUGCAGCAAAAAUUUAACUUCAUCGAAAAAAUUAUUUCAAUUAAAAAGAGAGAAGCAAAUAUUAACUUUCCAAUUUCCAAAGUGUGCAAUAAUUAUUUCAGCAAAAUAUUUGGCAUUAUUUAUGUCUUUAAUUUUUCUUAUUUUUUUUUUUUACAUUAUAAGAAUAACAAGUACUUUUAAUUUUGACAACUUGGCUAAAGGCCCUUAUAUUACAGCUACAUGGAUAGACUACUUAGAAGACUGUGGAAAUAAAUCUCAGUUUAGAAAUAAAUUUAAUAGUAAUCAUAAUUUUAAAAAAAAGUACGAUGGUAAUACAGUUAUAUGGAGUGGUAAUUUUCAUCAAAUUAGAGAAGGAUUUUUUAAUAGUAAUUCUUUAUUUAUAAAAAUGAAUCCAUCAGAAUAUAAACAUGACAAACCGGAUAUAAGAGCUCUUUUUACCGAUAACUUAAUAUCACAAGUAGAAAAUUUACAAAAAAAUGAUUUAAUAGAAUUUGAAUGUACAUUAAUACAAAUAAGCAAAAAUAGGGACCCUCAUCUUUGUAUUUUAUGGAAUGUAAAACUUUUAGAAAAAUUCGAACAAAAAAAUUUUAAUGUUGUUGAGUUUGUUAAGCACCUAUCCAUUUUAGAUAUGAUAAGCAAUAAUGCUAAUGUUAACCCAUUUUUUAUUAACUUAAAUAAUAAACCUGGUGAAAUUAGGCGCUCCAUCAAAAUAGUACACAUUUCCCCCUCUAUUCCAGCAAAUGAUACUGAGAGUGAUGAUACUGAGGAGGUGAGAGGCAGGUUGGGCGAUAGUAGUACCGAGAGUGGCGGUAGUAUCAUCGGUGGAAGUAUUAACGAGUUUGUUAAUACCUCUAAUAGUAUGAACAGAAAAGACCACGACUUACUUAACUUUAUGAAUCAUCAGUUUAUUGAUCAAGGAAGCAAUUUUCCAUAUAUGGAUGAUAUUAAUAAAAAUUCAAAUUUCGGGUUGAGUGAUAUAUUAGCAAGAAUGGAUGUAGAUCGAAGGGGAACAUUACCUUCCGUAGUAGCAGGAAGAAAAGGAGAAGGAGAUGGGGGAGAAAUACUGACUGAUGAAAUAGAGGAAGAGGAUGAUGAUGAGGACGAUUUAGAUUUAGAUAAUGAUGAUUAUGACGCAGAUGAUGUGCAAGCACUGAACGAUGUAUAUGGUCAUAACCAUAAAACAAAUUUUAACCAUUAUAGACCUCACACCAGUACAUACACAUAUACACAUACAUAUGAUAGUAGUACUCCAUCUUUCAACAAAUUGAGCAUUAAAGAUAAUGGUAAUUCGAUUGAAACAGAAGAAACUUCGACGUAUGAAAGGAGUGUGGAGGAGGAAGUACCCCCAUUCGAUAGCUAUGAUAUAUAUGACAAAAAAAAGAAUGAUGAAUACAUUCCCACUGGCACUAGUGGGGAGGCGGCGGAUGGAGUAAGCAGCAGUACGGGGGAAGUUCAUAACGAACAACACUCUAAUAAUGAAAAUAAUGAUGGCACAGCCGACGGAAAGGGGAGCAAACAAAUUGAGAACAUGGGAGAAGAGAAAAAUAUGAAGUGA